AUGCUUAUGCAAAUGAAUGAUGAUGGCAUGUCGUCAGUACAAAUUGCUAAACAACUACGAAAUGUCGUCAGCCAACUUGAAGGUGUAUUCAAUCGACAGAAUGAACGUAUUUAUGCUGCAAGUCGUCUGGAAGCAGAUGAACAAAGGGGCAUAUAUCAACAACCUAAAUAUCCGAAAAGAUUAAUAGUAUGGUUAGGUACUUCAAAAAAUGGACUUAGGUCUCCAAUUAUUUUUAAACCUGAUGAGACAAUAUCACAUAAAAAUUAUAUUGAAGUUAUUCUUCAACAUGCGCAAGCUGAAGGUGAACAACUGUUAGGUGACAAUUUCAUCUUUCAACAAGACCAUGCCACACCACAUACGCAUCGGGAAUCAUUGGCAUGGUGUGAAGAAAACUUGACGUUUUUUUUAGACAAUCAUCGAUGGCCACCAAACAGUCUUGAUCUCAAUGUUCUGCAUUAUUAUGUGUGGGAUGCUAUUACGAAUAAUAUGCAAUGUGAUAAAGUUAAAGAUUAUGAUUCAUUAAAUGAUGAAACUAGUAGAGGAAUUCGUCAUGUACCAAAAAGUGAUCUUCUUCGUAGCAUCGAAAAUUGGUUGCACAGAAUUUUGUUCAUUUUGAAAACAAAAGGUGCAUUUGUAAAAUAA